UUCUUAAACCCUUGAUAUUUACAAUCUCUCUCUCUCUCUCUGGAUUCCCCAAAUCGCCUCCAUCAGAAAAACCCCAACCCACGCCAAAACCUAAUCUCCGCCGACUCCGCCAACUGCGACAAGGAAGAGAAAUUCCAUGGCGUCGGUCUCGAGCUCCGAUGUCUCCGAAGGGCCCGUCCUCAACCUCAUCACCAAGAAGCUCCGCGCUCUCAAGAAGAAGCACAACCGCAUAAUCCAACUCGAGGAGAGCCAGGCCCAGGGUAAAACCCUAAACAAGGAGCAAGAGGACCUCCUCAAAUCCAAGCUCUCCGUCUCCGUCCUCAUCCUCAUCACCAAGAAGCUCCGCGCUCUCAAGAAGAAGCACAACCGCAUAAUCCAACUCGAGGAGAGCCAGGCCCAGGGUAAAACCCUAAACAAGGAGCAAGAGGACCUCCUCAAAUUCACGUCGAGCUUCCUGACGAAGACUCAUGAGCGGGGGUGCUGUUUGACCUACGACUACGUGACUGAUGACGCGACGGAUUUGCUCGGUGAGGGCGAUCUCGACAUGAUUUCGGCUCUCAGCGCGCUGCUGACGUCGCGGCCGGUUUAUUCGGGGGUUUCGCACAAGAAUGCGCUUGAGGUGUGCAUUGAACGGGCGAAACUGUGGCUUGAGAACUCGGAUCAGCCUAUUCUCGAGGGAACAUCAGCUACUUAUGCGGGAUUGAGGGAGAAGUUGAAGAAGAUUAUGGCUUUGGACUACUUUACUAUGACGCCGGAGAUGAAAGCGCCAGUGGAUGUGGCUGUACUUGCCUUCGAGCUUUUGUUUACAAUCCAGCCACGUAGGUGGACACUUGUCCAUAUAGCUGUUGAAGUAAAGCUGUGUCAGCUUGCAAGUCCAAACCGUGAUGCCUUCCCUUACAGAGAUACUGAUGUGCACCCCUGCAAUUAUCAUUUUGCUGAUUUUAAAGGGCUCAAGGCAUCAUUUGCCAGUGUAGAUGCAGACAUUAAUUCUUGUGAUGGAAUAGAUGGCCAGGGUAUUGGUGGUGUUAUUGGGUUUAUAAUGAUUGUUUUGCGUUCACUAUUGAUAUGUGUAUAUCACGAGAAACUUUGUGAUAUCUUUCUUAUUGGUUACGGGUUAGUUGAAAUUAAAUAUGAAAAAUUGGCUUUAUUAGAGACAACAGAAUUACAGUAUAAUUUACAGAGUCUGCCAAGUUACAAGCAUCUGUUUCCACAGGAGGAUGAGCAGGGAGAAUCUCAAGCAGUCGAAAGCAGCGGUGAUCAGUCUAGUCCGCCAAAUGAAUCUGAGAAUGUGGAUGAGACACAAAUUCCUUCAGGAGACAGUCUUACAGUUCAACAGGAGCAGGAAAGAGUAGAAACAGAUAUGGAACGCAGCCAGAGAGAUCCCGACCACAAGGAGCAACAACAAUACAUCCCUCGAAGAGGAUAUCAAAACCAAAGAGGUGGCAGAGGUGGAGGCGGCGGGGCCCGAAGGGGUUACCCCAACGGCCGCGUUGGUCGUGGGGGCCGCGGAGGUGGCAGUGGCAGGUACCAGAACGGCCAAAACCAACAGUAUUAUGACUCAGGUUAUUAUCCAAGAAACUAUCACAACAAUCGGGGGAGAGGAGGCGGUAGGUCAGGCGGCUCAGCCAUGUAUAACAACAACCACCAUGGUGGUCAGGCUGAAGUGGGGGCAGACUCUUAGCUUUGGCUAGCGUGAAACUUUUUUUUUAAUGGCUGCUGCCCAAUCUGAAGACGAUCUGCAUUUUGUUCACACCCCUGUUUCUUUCUCUAGAUUUCUGCAUGUUUAGUGGUAUAAUUGCCCUGCAGAACUUAAUAUAUGACAAUGACAGGCUUAUUGGAUGUGGGGUGGUUGUGGAGGUCUGAUGGGUAAGUGGUUUUUAGAAGAAACUAAUUUGACAUGGCUUGUUUAUUGUAGGACACUCUUUUAUUUGCUUUUCAUAGGGGUGAUUGGUCUGGUGGUUUAUUUGUUCUUAAGUUUUUGGGGGAGAUUAACCGGGUA